AUGAACAAGAGACAAUAUCCAUGUGACAUAUGCGAUAAACCGUUUAAAAAUAUCACCAAAUUAACUGAACACCGGAAGUCCCACACAGGCGAGAAACCGUACCCGUGCGACGUGUGCGACAAGUCGUUCACCCAAAAUAUCCAUCUAACUGUACACCGGAAGACGCACACAGGUGAGAGACCGUACCCGUGCGACGUGUGCGACAAGUCGUUCACCCAAAAUAUCCAUCUAACUGUACACCGGAGGACGCACACAGGUGAGAGACCGUACACGUGCGAUGUGUGCGACAAGUUAUUCGCUAAUAGUAGCUCGUUGACUACACACCGGAGGACGCACACAGGCGAGAAACCGUACCCAUGCGAUGUGUGUGACAAGUCAUUCGCUGAUUCUAGCACUUUGACUACACACCGAAGGACGCACACAGGCGAGAGACCGUACCCGUGCGAUGUGUGCGACAAAUCAUUCGCUAAUUCUAGCACUUUGACUUCACAUCGGAGGACACACACGGGCGAAAAACCAUUCCUAUGCGAUGUGUGUGACAAGUCGUUCGUUUAUUGUAGCUCGUUGACUGUACACCGGAGGACCCACAUGGGCAAGGAUAUUUAA